AUGGGUAUUGGGGAUCUACCACCUCCAUCUGCAACUCCAUCUCAGCCACGAAAUAGGACAAAAAGGUCUUGGACCUGGGAGCAUUUCACCAACAUCCCUGGUAAUCGUGAGAACCCACAGGCGAGAUGCCACCACUGUGGGGCACUUUGUGGUUGUCAUUCAAAGAAGCAAGGCACUGCUGUCUUAAUCGUCCAUCUUAGGGGUUGCCAACGAUAUAAAAUGUCGAUGGGAGAGAUUAAGAAAAUGGUCAUCCCUCAAUACAGUGAGAAAUUAGUGAGGGAUAUGCUUGCAGAGAUGAUAAUUGAAGAUGAGAUACCUUUUACCACAGUCGAUAAAAGAGGCUUCCGAAAGUUUGUCAAGACUAUUGAGCCACAAUUUCCAUUGACAUGA